CCCCUAAGAUCCACUUGUCUAAAUAUCAACCAAUUCCAGCACAAUAUGUGGCAGGACAAUGAAGUCCCUACACAUACUAGUAUUUCCAAGCCCCGCAGUAGGGCCACGUGCUCUCAACUACGCUAAUCUGAGAGGGUAUUUUCGUCCACAAGAUGUUAUAAAUUUGCCCUCACAACCGAAGCUGGCUGGCCUCAGCAAUCUCUCUAUCUCUAGCAUUCCACGCUCUACGUCCACCCUCCGACCGGAUUCCGGUGACGGAAAAACCAGCUCCUACGUGAAUGACGAAUAGAAUCCACCCCAAGGCUUACGCUCUUGAAUCCCCAAAAUCCAACGUCUCCACCACCGUAGACUCCCAAUCUCCUCCUACGCCACCGGCGCCUCCGGUGACCCUUACAGUGUGGAGAAAAUCGCUUCUCUUCAACUGCAAGGGGUUCACUGUAUUCGAUGCUGAAGGUAAUCUCGUCUUCCGCGUCGAUAAAUAUGAUAGAUACAGCAAGGGAGAGAUCAUCCUAAUGGACGCCGCCGGAAAUCCCCUCCUCACAAUCCGACGAAAGAAACUGAGCUUGGGCAAGCACUGGGAGAUCUACGACGGCGAGGAGUCGGCGAACCCUCGGUUCUCGGUGAAGAAGCACGUGAACUUUCUGCAACCGAAAUCGUUGGCCCAGGUGAUCCGUUGCGAUGGCGGAUCACUGGUGUACGAGGUCGAGGGAUCAUAUACGCAGCGUUGCUGUGCGUUGUAUGAUGAGACUCGAAUGGCGGUGGCGGAGAUCCGGCGUAAGGAGGAAGUAGGUGGGGUGGAUUUGGGUCUCGAUGUUUUUCGACUAGUCGUUCAGCCUGGAUUUGACGCCGCUGUGGCUAUGGCUUUUGUUGUUUUGCUUGAAGAGAUGUUUGGAUCCAGAAGCUUGGUUAUCUCGACCAGGUGAAGAUUUUCACUUUAGGGAAAAAAAAAUCGAGUAUUCAAAUUCCUGAAAAAAAAAAGGAAAUUAGGGUUCUGGUUUUGUGCCAUUUUUUGCUUCUUCGUGUUCGCGAAGAAACGAUAGGAUAAAGAGGUCCUGCUCGGCUUCCAUUAGCCUUUGUAAUAUAUUUGUUUGGGAGCAUGGGAGCGGUGAUUUUGUAUGUUCUGAUUUCUUAAGAAAAAACGUUUGUAUAUAUUAAAGGUUAGCAUGCACAA